AAUUGAGCUAGCCUACCAUGAUCAACUUGAGGCAAAUGCUAUUUAUAUCGUCAAGAAUGUGCGACGCUUAGAAAGGAGCCAAAUCAAUCUAUGCUAAAAUAUCUUCAACGAGCCAAGAAAAUUGCAAAUAAGUUAUAUUCCAAAAAGGAUCCUGUCUCUGAUUGUGAUCUAGUGCUACGCAUUAUGGCUGGUUUGGAUCAAGCUUAUAGUGUUUCAAAACGCACAAUACCAGAGAGAGUGCCUUUUCCAUCUUUUUUGCAACUUCGAUCCCUUCUCUUGAUUGAAGAGGCCAAUUUACAACAUGAAAAUCAUCAAGUUCAUGCUGUAGACUCAUUUUCUUCUCCACAGGAUUGAUUUCAUCCACUGUUUCUCAACAACAAAGAGAAUUUUCUGGUGCAUCUCAUCUUCAAUUCAGAAGCAAUAAUUAUUGUCGCGGUGGACGGAAUAAUUUUAGGGGAAAUGGAGGGCAUUUUCAAGGCAACUGAUCAUCCGAGCAAGCAUACUUUUCUGGCACCUCAACCUGCUUUGCUUCCAGUAGCAUCUCAACCUCCUUUGCUUCUAGUAGCAUCUCAGCCUCCUUUGCUUCCAACACCAUUGUCUGUGAUUAUUGAGACUUAUAUGGUGGAUAAUGCACCUUUUUCAUUUUUCUUUGAUACUGCCUCUACAACCUCUACUAAACAUAAUUGGGCUUUUAUUCCCCAUUUCCAAAGCGAGUCAGAGGAUUAUGAAUCAUGGUCAUUGGAGAGCGAGAUUGAGGAUUAUGUGUGUGAAAAAGCAGUAGAGAAAGAACAGGGGAACGGCAGAUCGAUGGAGCUCGAGCUUGAAGAUGAUGACAUGGAAUGUAGCAGAGGAGAGUUAGGUGGCAUGUCCCAAUCACACGUGCAGCAAGAGGAAGAGGAGACAGUGGAGAAAGUUACGGACAGCCUGGAGUGUUUUCAAAUUUCAAAUGGAAAAGUCAAAGUAAGCAAAGAGGACCAGAUGAAGAGGACGAAGUGGUGCAAGGAAGGCUUCCCACAGAAAAGGAAGAAGAAAAUUCGCCUCUGUAGUUCGGUAUACCUCAAGGCAAGAUCUGCAGAAGAUGGGAUGCAAAGGAGAAAAAACCGAGGGAGGCAAAACAAGAAACCAAAGGAGGGGAUGACAGAGCCGAAGUUCAUAGCAAGCCCAAAUGGUGAAAUCGCAGCUGAUUCUGUUGGUGACAGUGGGAUCCAAAACUGUAAUCGAGCUCUAAGAAAGCAACUGCAAACCCAACUAGCGAAGGACAUAUGGGAUCUAGCCAAAAGGUUGGGAGCCACAGCAAAGAAUGAUGAGGAGAUAUUGCAAAAAAUCAAUGAAAUGGAGGGUAGAGAUAAGCGAAGCAAAGAAGACUUAGUGAGGAAGUACACUUGGCACAAUGCUAAUGGACAACAUAGAAGCAGGAUUGAUAGCCAAGUGUGGAACUCAGAUGUAGUGAGUGGAUGGAUGGGGUUCAAACUCAAAGAAAAGUUGAAAAAAACCAAAAAAGCUAUGAAGGAAUGGAGUGCAAAUUACAUGGCGGAUGUGGACAGAAGAAUAAGUGGAGCUGAAAAGAACAUAACAGAACUAGACAGGAAAGAAGAAAAUAGCCAACUCAUAGUAGAGGACAUCGAACUAAGGAGAAGUAGCUUCCUUGACCUAUGGAAGAAUAUGAGAAUCAAAAAGAGCAUGUUGCAACAGAAAUCAAGAAAGAUGUGGCUAAAAGAAAGGGACGCAAACACAAAGUUUUACCACAGAAGUGUGAAGGGCAGAUGGAGAAGAAACAGAAUUAAUAGCAUCCAGAUCAAUGGGGAGCAAUAUAGAGGUGUGGCUGAAAUCAGAGAGGGUGCGAUAAGGUAUUUUAAGGGGCUGUUUACAGAAGAAAAGUGGCAAAGACCAAAGCUUGACGGAAUCAACUUUAGACAACUAGCUGAUAAGGAUAACGAUUUCCUGAUGGAAAAAUUCACUGAAGAAGAUAUUCAAAAUGCAGUAUGGGAUUGUGACUCGACAAAGUCUCCUGGCCUGGAUGGAUUCAAUUUCAGGUUCAUAAAGACAAUGUGGGAGGAAAUAAAGCAGGAUGUCAUAGGAUUUGUGCAGGAAUUCCAUGAGCAUGGCAAAUUAAUUCUUGCAAAGCUGUUAGCCAAUCGUCUCAGGAAAGUACUUGGCAAGAUCAUAGGGGAGCAGCAGAUGGCGUUUAUAAAAGGUAGACAGCUGAUGGACGGAGUGGUGAUUGCAAAUGAGGACGGGAUUCACAGUUAUGUGGAGAAAGUGGAUAAGGGAAUGCUUGCAAUCGAGUAUGAUCUCAAUCCUUGUGAAUGGAAGCCCCACAAAGCAAUUCCUGGUCAACAAGGGAAUAAGAUAAGGCGACCCGCUUUCACCUUUUCUAUUCUUAUUAGCGGCAGAAGGUUUGAAUGGGCUAAUGCAAUCUACAGUGGAGAAAAACUUAUAAUGGAGAUUGGAACUGAGGAGGGCUGGAAGGAGAGAAUGGCUUGUAGACUGUGCUGUAAAGAGGGAGAACUACCUUUCAAGUAUUUGGGAAUACCAGCUGGAGGGAAUCAUAGAAAGGUAGCAUUGUGGAAGCCACUGUUGGAAUCUUUCAAGAAGAAACUAGCUAGCUGGAAAGGUCAAAACUUAUCCUUAGGAGGUUGUAUCACGCUCUUAAACUUUGUGUUGUCCAGUUUACCCGUGUAUCUGAUAUCGGCCUACGAAAUCCCCAAAGGUAUUCUCUACUAUUUAGAUAAAAUACAUAGGAAUUUUUUAUGGGGAGGGUUGGGGGAGGAGAAAAAAAUCAAAUGGGUUAGUUGGGAGAGGGUGUGUAGGAAGAAGGAGUGUGGAGGCCUGGGAGUGAAGGACCUAAGAAAGUUUAAUCUGGCGUUGAUGGGAAAAUGGUGGGGACGGUUAGCGAAAGUGGAAGAGGGGCUUUGGGGGAAAGUUAUAAGGGAAAAAUAUGGAGAAAAUGGAGGACAAUGGAUGAACUGGGUGAGAGAUGGAAGAAGAGUAGGAUCACUUUGGUGGAGAGACUUACAAAGUCUCAAUGUCGGGGAGGACGAGAAUGAGGGAUGGUUGACGGAGGGAUUUAGGAUUAAGAUAGGUGAAGGGAAAAGAUGGGAGGAGGAGGCUGAAAAGGAACUGCAGAAGACAAUCGACAAAGUUAAAAUCUCCCCAGGUUGUGCAGACAGAUGGGAGUGGAUCCACAGCGUUGAUGGACAAUACUCAACGACAACAGCUUAUGCAGUACUAGUAAAACAAAGGAAGGAAGAUGAAGAGGAGAAAAUAUUGGAGAGAGUAUGGAAUCCAACCAUCCCAACAAAAGUAGCUGCAUUCAACUGGAAGGUAUUAAUUGACAGAAUCCCAACUAGGAUUAAUUUGUUCAAACGAGGAAUCAUAAAAGACUUGGAAGAAAGGAAAUGCGCUUUGUGUAAAGAAGAGGAGGAAGACUCAAGUCAUUUGUUCUUGAACUGCAAUAUAGCUAAGUGGCUAUGGAAAGCUUGUGCAAAGUGGUGGGGAAUCACAAUAGUCUUACAAAAAGAAUGCUGGCCAACAUUUCAACACUUUGGGGCGUGGACAAAAAAGUCACACAAAAAGGAAGGGUGGGACUGUAUAUGGAAUGCAAUGUUAUGGACUGUGUGGAUGCUGCACAACAAAAAGAUUUUUGACAAUGCAGAGGUUGGUUAAUUAACCCUGCUUCUUGCCUUAGUAAAGCAUAGUAGGAAAUGUUUGAAAAAAGGUAGUAACACCAAAGGGAUUGUAAGUUGUUCAUGGAAAUAGUUUCGAGUACCCCUUGUACUCAAGUUAUCAAUAUAAAUUUCUUGGCUUUUC